UUCCCGAGUAAGCUGGGGCUGGAGAGAUGGCUGAAGAGUUAAGAGUACUGCCUGCCCUUCCAGAAGUUCAAUUCCCAGCCCCCACAUGGCAGCUCAAAGCAGUCUGUAACUCCAGUCCUGGGUGAUAGGAUUCCCUCUUUUGGCUUACCACGGUGCCACCAUACAACAUAACGCUCUGGUGCAGUCAUACAAGCAGGCACACCACUUACACACAGAAAACAUUUUCGAAUUAAUAGACGGUUGCAAGACACCACCUGAGUCCCCAGAGAAAGCGUUCUUAAACUCAACUGGUUCUUUUUAAGAUCGUCGAAACGCCCCGUAAGGGACGGCUCCGUGUUGGAGGCAUCCAGAAAUCUUGACUAUCUUUCCCAGCAACCACUCCGGGUAGGAGUCCCGGGCUCCGGCCCGCCCACCCAAGCUGGCCCACGUGAUGGCGCUCUCCCGCGAGUCAAGGCGGCAGUCUCCAGCGGCCGGGACCACGGUGACCCGGCUUGGAGGCCCCCACCGCUGCGGUGCAGAUGGCCAUUGACACUAAAGCCACUGGCGACACGGUCGUGCGGGGCGGCCACGCUCCUGUACGCCUCCGGCUGGCGGCGAACUCCUCGUGCGAUUUUGGAACCCUUCGUUCUUUUGCUCGUCGGUGGACGGGUCUACAGCGCAGACCGUAGGGGGGGUAUCCAGUCAUGUCAGCCACAGGCGCCCGUUUGGUUAAGAGCAAAGCUUCCUCCUAAGCCAUGCGUGGAAGCUUGCGUUUUCCUGGCAUGGCUCCCUAGCCACUUAUUUUGUCUUCAUACAGUUUCACGUGUUAAAACCGUCUGGGAGUCUAUAUGGUGUUCCCUAGGUAGUUCAGUCCUUCCCGUAGCGCCCGCCGGGAGAGGCAGAGGAACGUCUGCCAUCUUGGACGCAACUAUUCCAUACCUCAAAGUGGGGGGUUGCAGAUGCCAGUGAGUUUAGUUGCUAUCCAAAGCGCAUUUCCGGCCACAAAUGGUCUCUUCCGUCUCGAAAACACGGUAUUAGGGUGGUUCCUGGGCGCUUCUUACCCGUAUCUGAGUCUCCCCGGGGCGCCGUGAGGAAGGAGGGCGUGGGGGUCCCCCCGCGCUGCAUCUUGGUGUGGCCUACUCGCUGCACGCACGUGGCCCCGCGCUAGGGGCGCGCGGUGACUCCUGGGAGUCGGAAGCAGGGCGGCCGAGCCGGGUGAGCAGCAGCGCGGGCCCAUGCAGGACGCUGAGAACGUGGCGGCCCCCGAGGCGGCGGAGGAGCGGGCACAGCCCGCGAGGCAGCAGCCGGCCUCCGAGGCGCCGCCGGCGGACGAGGCGGCGGGGGCUGGCGGGGCCGAGGUAGGGCGGACCGAGGACGCCGAGGAAGACGCCGACGCCGGGCCGGAGCCCGAGGUGAGGGCCACGCCGGCGGCCCGGCCCGAAGAGGAGACGGCGACCAGCCCGGCCGCGUCGCCACCGCCGCCGUCGGCGGAGCGGCCCUCGGCGCAGGAGCCCGCUGUCCCCGGGAAGGCGGAGGCCGCGGCGGAGCAGGCCCGGGAGCACCCGGCCGCCGGAGCGGAGGAGGAGGGCGGGUCGGAUGGCAGCGCGGCCGAGGCGGAGCCUCGGGCGCUGGAGAACGGCGAGGCGGAUGAGCCCUCCUUCAGCGACCCCGAGGAUUUCGUGGACGACGUGAGCGAGGAAGAACUGCUUGGUGAUGUCCUCAAAGAUCGGCCUCAGGAAGCGGAUGGAAUCGACUCGGUGAUUGUUGUGGAUAAUGUCCCUCAGGUGGGACCCGACCGGCUUGAGAAGCUCAAAAAUGUCAUCCACAAGAUCUUCUCCAAGUUUGGGAAAGUCAUAAAUGACUAUUAUCCUGAAGAGGACGGGAAGACAAAAGGGUACAUCUUUCUGGAAUAUGCUUCUCCCGCUCAUGCUGUGGAUGCUGUGAAAAACGCUGAUGGAUACAAGCUGGACAAGCAGCACACGUUCCGGGUCAACCUCUUCACUGAUUUUGAUAAGUACAUGAUGAUUAGUGAUGAGUGGGACAUUCCAGAGAAGCAGCCUUUCAAAGACCUGGGAAAUUUGCGUUAUUGGCUGGAAGAGGCCGAGUGCAGAGAUCAGUACAGUGUGAUUUUUGAGAGUGGAGACCGGACAUCCAUCUUCUGGAAUGACGUCAAGGACCCAGUCUCAAUUGAAGAAAGAGCGAGAUGGACAGAGACGUAUGUGCGCUGGUCCCCCAAGGGCACCUACCUGGCCACGUUCCAUCAGCGGGGCAUCGCCCUCUGGGGAGGGGAGAAGUUCAAGCAGAUCCAGAGGUUCAGCCACCAGGGCGUGCAGCUCAUUGACUUUUCUCCGUGUGAAAGAUACCUGGUAACUUUCAGCCCACUGAUGGACACUCAGGAUGACCCUCAGGCCAUCAUCAUCUGGGACAUCCUCACGGGACAUAAGAAGAGAGGCUUUCACUGUGAGAGCUCUGCCCACUGGCCCAUCUUCAAGUGGAGCCAUGAUGGCAAAUUCUUUGCAAGAAUGACUCUGGAUACUCUUAGCAUCUAUGAAACACCUUCUAUGGGCCUUUUGGACAAGAAGAGCUUGAAGAUCUCUGGAAUAAAAGACUUUUCUUGGUCUCCGGGUGGUAACAUCAUCGCCUUUUGGGUGCCAGAAGACAAAGAUAUUCCAGCCAGGGUGACCCUGAUGCAGCUCCCUACCAGACAGGAGAUCCGGGUGAGGAACCUGUUCAAUGUGGUGGACUGCAAGCUGCACUGGCAGAAGAACGGAGAUUACCUGUGUGUGAAAGUGGACAGGACCCCGAAAGGCACACAGGGUGUUGUCACAAAUUUUGAAAUCUUCCGAAUGAGGGAGAAGCAAGUACCUGUUGACGUUGUUGAGAUGAAAGAAACCAUCAUAGCCUUUGCCUGGGAACCCAAUGGCAGUAAGUUUGCUGUGCUCCAUGGUGAGGCCCCCCGGAUAUCUGUCUCCUUCUACCAUGUGAAGAGCAACGGGAAGAUUGAGCUUAUCAAGAUGUUUGACAAGCAGCAAGCAAACACCAUCUUCUGGAGUCCCCAGGGGCAGUUCGUGGUGCUGGCCGGGCUGAGGAGCAUGAACGGUGCCUUGGCGUUUGUCGACACUUCAGACUGCACCGUCAUGAACAUUGCAGAGCACUACAUGGCCUCCGACGUUGAGUGGGACCCAACUGGCCGCUACGUGGUCACCUCUGUGUCGUGGUGGAGCCAUAAGGUGGACAAUGCUUACUGGCUGUGGACCUUCCAAGGUCGCCUUCUCCAGAAGAACAACAAGGACCGCUUCUGCCAGCUGCUCUGGAGACCAAGGCCCCCCACACUCCUCAGCCAGGAUCAAAUAAAGCAAAUUAAAAAGGAUCUGAAGAAAUACUCUAAGAUCUUUGAGCAGAAGGAUCGAUUGAGCCAGUCCAAAGCCUCAAAGGAACUGGUAGAAAGGAGGCGGACCAUGAUGGAGGACUUCCGGCAAUACCGAAAAAUGGCCCAGGAACUUUAUAUGAAACAGAAGAAUGAGCGUCUAGAACUACGGGGAGGGGUGGACACUGACGAGCUGGAUAGCAAUGUGGAUGACUGGGAAGAGGAGACCAUCGAGUUUUUUGUCACUGAAGAGGUCAUUCCCCUGGGAAAUCAGGAGUGACCUCAGCACUGUGUGUCACUGUGCCAUGCCCAGGAUCCAAGGCCGCCCUUCACGGAGAGCCUUGGGCUGGGUUCUCACCUGUGCUUUCCUGCGCUGGACUGUGCGUGCACCCGGGGUUCUUCCAUCCCGACACAGCUCUGUGCCUUCAGCCCCUGUCCACAGCAGGGACACUCAGGCUCCGCUCUCACGUUGCCCUGUUAGGUUUUUAUCAGCCGUGUCUGCUGUGGGGUCUCACUGCAGUGUUCUGGUGGCUCCUAAACUCCUGUUGCCAUGGUGUUUCCAGAGCCUCCGCCUGCUGCUCGGUGGGGUCAUUCACGGACUUGCUGUCCCUGCGUGGGCCGGAGACCGGCAGGGAGACUGCGCUCCCACCUCUUCCUGUGCCAGAAGCUCUGGAGGCACGCCAGCACCUCGCACCUGUUCAGGUUGUGGCAGGGCCUCUGCACAAAAGUUGGUGUGGAAAUAAAGGCAACCCUGUGUGAAAA